AUGCUAGGAACAGUAAAUCAGCUAACGAAACUUUCAACCGUAGCCAAUCUCCAAGCCUCCAUCACCUUUCAGCCCAUCGCCAAGGAUAUAGUCUCUCACACUCUCAGAACAGAAGGAAAUCCACAAGAUGUCGAUAUAUCACGGGCCCAUCUUGCCUGGAUAUUCGAAAAUAGGAAUGGACCGAUGUUGCAGACGAUACGAGAGUUCACGCAGCAGCAGAUAGCGGAUAUACAGGACCUUGUUCCAUCGAAAUUCUACGACGCUAAGUAUUUGUACAUGAAUGAUGCCGGUGAGGAAUUGCUCAUGUUUUACAGCUAUCCUGAUGCGAAAUUCAGGAGGAUGAAGGCUAUACAUAACAAAUAUCAUCCUCCUGGGGUGUACACACACUUGUUGUCUAAAGGGUGGAAGACUGCUGAUGCGUGA